AUGGCAUCCUGGAAAGACACCAACCCACACCUCCAAAUCCUCCGCGCCGCCGAGGCGGGCCGGUACGGCGUCCUCGCCGCCAUCGCCUACAACGUCGAGCAAAUCCUCGGCCUCAUCCGCGCCGCCAACCAAACGCGUUCCCCGCUGAUCCUCCAAUUCUUCCCGUGGGCCAUAACCUGGUCCGACGGGCUUUUGAUCCGCGCGGCGGCGGACGCGAUCAAGCACCACGCGACGGUGCCCAUCUCGAUCCACCUGGACCACGCGCAGGACGAGGCGCUGAUACGGCGCGCGGCCGACACGCUGCCGUUCGACAGCAUCAUGGUCGACAUGUCGCACUUCGAGAAAGAGGAGAACCUGGCCAAGACGCGCGAAUUGGUCGCGUACUGCCACGCGCGGAAGAUCGCGACGGAGGCCGAGCCCGGCAGGAUUGAAGGUGGUGAGGAUGGUGUUAUGGACACCGAGGGCCUCGAGGGGAGCAAGACGACGGUUGAGGAGGCGCAUGAUUUCGUUGCGACGGGCGUCGAUGUGCUGGCGCCCGCGAUUGGGAAUAUUCAUGGCGAGUACGGGCCCGCGGGCCCGCAGCUGGAUUUUCAGAGAAUGAACGACCUGGUAGCUGCAGUGCAGGGCAAGGUUCGGAUAGCGCUGCACGGCACCAACGGCUUCAAGCCCGAGUUGGUGCAGCAACUUGUUGCAGCGGGCGUCUCCAAGAUCAACGUCAACAAGCUGGUGCUGGACGACUACCUCGAUCAUCUGGCGGCUACGGCGGGCAAGGUUCCGCAGACGGUUUUGAUGGAGCAAGGUACGGAGAAGGUCAUCUCGCUCACUGCGGAAUGGAUGAGGCAUUGUGGCUCGGCCGGGAAGGCAUAG